AGUCAGGGGAUCAGUCAUUUGUUUUACAUGUAUACCAGCAGAGGAAAUGCUUCCUGAGUAACACAUCAUUCAAUUGGUAGAGGUCCCAAAACUUCAGAAAUUUCUUCUUCAGUUUUUAGAUUUUCCUUUUUUCUAUAACAAUCAACAAGCUCUUUAGCAUCUGUCUCGAGACCCGUCCAGAUGCAACUGGCGUGCGGUGGCGUGCAACUUCCAUGCGGUGUCCGAAUGUUUGACGACGACCAAAUGCUGUGGGUCGUGCGAGUUUAGCAACAACGAGUGACGCGACCGAAUACUGUGGGUGGAAAGCCUGGGAUGAUUUCAAAAUUCCAAUUUUUUCAAUUGAGGGAUACGGGGAACUUUUUAGUGUUGCCCCCUUCUUUUCACGACGACCGGGGACCGUUGGUCGUGCGACGACGAUCGGCGAGGUGUGUUGUAACUGACUGUGUGUUGUUUUGGGGAGUUCCUAUGGAGGCUACAAUGCCUGAAACGGCGUCUUGUUCUGAAGGUCCACGCCGUUUUGGAUAUCUUAGAGGGGUCCAAUGGCGCAUAGAUUUGGGAAUUUUACCAUCUUCUCCUUCUUCAUCCAUUGAUGAUCUUCGCCUGGUCGCUGCCAAUUCUCGUAGGAGGUAUGCUGCUUUGAGGAGGCAGCUUCUAAUUGAUCCUCAAGUUCUGAAGAAUGGAAGUUGUUCUCCUGAUGUUGUCAUGGACAAUCCACUGUCACAAAAUCCAGAUAGUAUGUGGGGUCGCUUCUUCCGGAAUGCUGAACUGGAGAGAAUGGUAGACCAGGAUUUGACACGUUUAUAUCCUGAACAUGGUAGCUAUUUCCAGACACCUGGAUGCCAAGGCAUGUUAAGACGAAUUUUGUUACUUUGGUGCCUUAGGCAUCCAGUUUAUGGUUACAGACAAGGGAUGCACGAACUCUUGGCACCUCUGCUCUAUGUUCUUCAUAUUGAUUUGGAGCUUCUUUCUGAAGUGAGAAAAGUUUAUGAGGACCACUUCACGGACAUAAUUGAUGGCUUCUCAUUUCAUGAAAAUGAUUGGACGCAUAAGUUUGAUUUUAAGAAAUUACCCGAGUACAUGGAAGAUUGUAAUGGAUCCGAAAGUCCUGUGAAAAUUAACAGUCUUGGUGAACUUGAACCGAAGAUACAAACCAUUGUUUUGCUAAGUGAUGCCUAUGGGACUGAAGGCGAACUUGGUGUUGUCUUAUCCGAGAAAUUUUUGGAACAUGACGCGCAUUGUAUGUUUGAUGCUUUAAUGAAUGGGACUGGUGGUGCUGUUGCCAUGGCAGAAUUUUUCUCUCCAUCUCCUUUUGGGGGUUCUCAUACUAUGUUCCCCCCUAUAAUUGAAUCUUCUGCCGCACUAUAUCAUCUUCUUUCCAUAAUUGAUUCAUCUCUUCAUAGUCACCUUGUUGAACUUGGAGUUGAGCCCCAGUAUUUCGCUCUUCGCUGGCUACGGGUUCUAUUCGGGCGUGAAUUUGCACUUGAAGACCUCCUGGUAAUCUGGGAUGAAAUUUUUGCAUAUGAAAAUACGAAAUUCAAUAAACCUGGUACUAAUGAUGCUGAGUCCAACGUUGGAGUCCUCAAUUCGCCCAGGGGAGCACUCAUUGCCGCUUUUGCAGUUUCAAUGAUACUUCAAUUGAGAUCUUCGCUGCUUGCCACCGAGAAUGCUACUUCCUGUCUUCAAAGGCUGUUGAAUUUUCCAGUCGAUGUAGAUCUUCUCAAACUGCUGGCUAAGGCGAAAUCAUUGCAGGCUCUAGCGGUAGAAGCGAUCAACUCAACGCCACUCCUGAUUCUUCCCCGGUUGCAUGGAAGACGUAACGCAGGAUUUACUAAGGCUCAUAUUCCUUCUUUAGAUUUAACUUCUCCAAGAACUACACUGAAUAUGGCACAUGAGAGCUACUGGGAAGAGAGGUGGAGAGUUCUUCACAUGGAAGAAGAAAGAAAGCAAGGCUCUUCUGCCUCUGCAGAAAAACAAGUUCCUAACCGCAAAAAAGGUUGGUCAGAGAGGGUAAGAUUACGCCUGUCUAGAACCAAAUGCGAUCCAUUCCGAUCUAAGGCCACUUUCAGAAAGAAGAAUGAGACAGAUGAAGGUAGGAAAAAUAUUGGGGGUGAUGUAGAUUUUGGCCACAAGAUUCCAGCUGAGGUCGAAGAACAAGAUGUUAAGGAUACUAACUUCAGUACAUCUGAGACAAGAUGCUCGAGUGGAUGUCCAGGGAAUGAAGAGAACUCAUCCAACAUCUCAGAUUUAUCAACCCCGGUUAGAGGGACUAAUGAUUAUGUGAACAUGUCGGGAAGAAGUAGUGUUGCAUCAAACUUUUCUGCUGAGGAAAAUGAUACCGAUUCUGUUAAUUUUGAGCCAUUGCAGGCUAAUCCAGAAUCUUCACCUCUUCCGGUCUCAGAGUUGGACGAAGAUGACGACACUUUAAACUCUACGCAGAACUACCAUUCUGUCAUAAAACAAGCUGCAGGCAUUAAGGAGCGAAAACUUCUCUCUGAUAAGUUUCAAUUGUUUUGGAAGUUUGGGCGCAACAUUAAUGAGGGAACAUCUGAUAGAGCUGCUGUAUCUGAAGAUGCAAAAGCUUGUGACAGUGGAAGUGAUCGUAACAAUGUAGCUGGCUCUUCUAUGGUUAAUGGAUGUAAUAGCACUUCUGGGAUAAGCAAGGCGGAGAUUAUUGACCAGAAUUUGAUAUUUAGCUUGAGUGAUCUUGGGCAAUCCAUGCUUGAGAACAUCCAGGUUAUAGAGUCAGUUUUCCAACAGGAUCCGGAUCAAAUGGGAUCGCUGGAGAACUGUAAAAAUGCAAUUGUUGGCGAAGGACAUAUUACAGCCAUGGCAGCCCUUGAAGAGCUUCGAAAAAUUAGCAAUCUUUUGUCUGAGAUGUGAAAUCGACGUUUUAAUAUCAGAUGUGUGCAUAUAUUGUUAUUAUUUCUUUCCUUGAAUGGCAGGAAAAAUGGUUCUGCAGUUUUGUGUGUAUAUACAUUUUUCUUCCUUAAAAUUUGAUUUGUAUCAUAGACAGACUUGUAUAUACAGAUUGUGAUGAAUGGUUUGCUCUUAUUAAUAAGAAAGCAAUUAUCAGAUCA